CAAAUGGCAACCUAGUAAAUGAAAAAGUCUUCAUUUCUUCUAUUUUUUUGUUUAUAUUUUUCUUUGUUUCUUUAAUUUAAAAGAUAAGCUAAGCAUAAUUAACAUAUAUUUUAUAUUGUGUUUUGUGGGUUCAACAAAAUGAGUGAUACAAAGAACCUCCUCAACUCUCUACUUAAAGAAAUUUAUAGUCAUAUUCCAGCAAAACCUCAAAAGAAAAAAAUGCACCCAAAAUUAUAUGAAAAACGUCUUUUAGAAAAGCUAAGUCCCAAAGUUCUCGAAGACAUUUGUGAAAUUCUAAAAUUCGAAAUCCGCCUCAUAAGUAAAUACCUGGAACGUGUCCUCAUAAGUCGAGACAAAAACCGCACUUAUCGCACAAUCCUUUGUGGUUUUCUUGACAUUUUAGUAUCUUCGUCAAAAUUCGGAGAAUCGAGCCGGGAAAUGCGUUUUGGUAUCUCCUCACCUCCUGGUGCUGCUGCUACUACACAAAAAGGACGUGGUGAUGUAGCAACAACAGCAACAGCUUCAGCAGCAUCAGCGGGAAGGCCAAUUAUUGCUGAUGAAACAAAUUCUUCAUCAGAUUUCAAUCAAUGGCUGCAUGCAAUGAAAAUGGUUGCCCGUUUGCCAGGAGGAAUGCCACCCGAGUUUAGGCGGAAGUUGUGGCUGGCAUUGGCUGACAAGUAUUUGAAAUCAAAGAACGUUGACUGGGAAAAGGAAGAAGUCAAAUGCUUCAGCGAACAAUGGCGAGAAGAUGACGAAGAAUUGGGUAUUCAAAUAGUUAAGGAUCUCCAUCGAACGGGUUCCAGUCUGUGUUCGGGACCAGCGGGUACUAUUAAUCAAGCGAAACUUAAACGAAUACUUUUAGGAUAUGCUCGAUUUAAUCCAGAAGUUGGUUAUUGUCAGGGCUUCAACAUGCUCGGAGCACUUAUUCUCCAAGUAAUGGAUAAAGAAGAAAUCGAAUCGAUAAAAGUUAUGAUCUAUCUUGUUGAAGGUAUAUUACCAAGUGGUUAUUUUAGUGGUUCAUUGGGUGGCCUUCAAGCUGAUAUGGCAGUAUUUCGGGAAUUGAUGACUAGUAAGCUUCCUAGAUUAGCGAAACAUUUACAAAAAUUACAAGGACCUGUUGAGAAUGCCUUUGAGCCACCGCUAACGAAUGUAUUCACAAUGCAGUGGUUCUUGACUAUGUUUUGUACCUGUUUGCCAAUGACAUGUGUCUUAAGAGUAUGGGAUUUAGUAUUGAUUGAAGGUAGUGAUGUUUUAUUACGAACUGCAUUAGUUUUAUGGAGUCUAUUAGAGGAACGGAUUCUAAAUGCAAGAACUGCCGAUGAUUUCUACUGUCAGAUGGGAUCAUUUUCGAGUGAACUUUUAAAUGGACACUUGGUCGAUUCGAAUGGAUUGAUAGAAAAAGUUGUAGAUCUGGGACCCAUAACAGAUUUACAAAAGCUUAGAGAUAAACAUCUUUAUAAUAUUACUCCAUUUAGAGACAAAAAGGGACUUCAGCUUUAUUACUCCGACGAAGACGGCGACGACGAUGACGAAGAAUCAAAAAUGGCUGUUGCAACAGCUUGGGGUCUUCGCCUAAGAAGAGGCUCAGCAGGACUAGGCUCAAAAAGCGAUGGCAAAGAUCGAAUUGCACUUGAUAUUUCAUUAUUAAAAAAACAGUAUGACCGCUUGCGCGAACGCCAACGCCAGGCACACAUAAUUCUCACUUCUGCGGUAGCCCGACAGGGGGCCAAUCCAAAUCAGUCUUCAAUUCAAAUGAAUCAACUUCUAAUGGGACGCAAUGCAAUUGUGACAAAUAACGGUCGACGUCUGGGACCACCUCAAGGAGCCAUACCACCGGCAAGGAAGCCAUCUCUUCCAACAUCCAAACCACCAAAACUUGCACAAACCAAAAAACUCCUUAGCGGCGAAACUCUCCACUGGAGAGAUACUGAUCUCUCCAAACGACGAAGAGGAAGCUUAAAAUGGAAAGAUAUAAAGUCAGAUAGUUCCCAAUCGGGAAUGGAAGAUCGUCCACCAACAUUAGUUGAAAGUGCACCCUCAUCGAGAAGUAGUUCGUCAGAGCCAAAAGCAUCGAAGAGACCUUCUCUCAAAGCUUCACGUCAACGAAGUGAUUCUUCAUCGUACAGUGAAGAAAGUGAUGGAAAUUCCAGUACCGAUACAAGUCUUUGUGAUGAAGAUGAAAAUCCUGACCAUAAUGUGUCUUCCUUAGAAGGAAGUCCAAUGAGAAAAUCGAAAUCAAGUAAAAAACAUUCGUCGGAAGUUACAAAACAAAAAAGCCUUGAAGAUGUUCUAAACAGCAACGAUGGCCAACCUGUGACUGUAGAUAAUCAAAUACCAUUUAUUCAAUUAACGACAAUUGAAUCGCCAGUUUUGAAUGCCAAUAAGACUGAUAUUGAACCUCUGGAAUAUGGCAAAGAAGAUAGUGAAACUGAAUCGAAUCGUCUUGAUUAUGCUGGAUUUGUUGAUGAAUUCAGCUGGCCCGAUAUUAAUGAACAACCAACUACGAGUGUUUCAUUGGAAGAUACAACUGUUGAUGCAAUUUCUGAGGGUGAUUUUCUUUCUUUGUCAAAUGUGAUUACUAGCACAAGUCAACUGUCCCCGAUACCUGAUAUUACAACUUAUAUUAAUAACUCAAAUAUUAGUCCUUUACGAACUCCAAUUUCAGGCUUUGAUUAUGCCAAUUUAGUAACUAGUAUGAAUGAUUCGAAAAAGUUUGAUGUUAAUGAAGAAGGUGUUACUAAUGAGUAUUUUGAAAGGGUUAAUGUUGUUGAAAGACCAACUAAAUUAGAUCUUCUUUAUUCAUUGAAUGAAGAAGAUAGUAUACGAAAUGCUUAUGUUAGCUGUGAACCUUCGUUUGAAUCUUCAAAAGAUGUGGAAAAGGUGGAUCAAGUGGAGUCAGAAGUCGUGACGAAACAACCUUCUGAUGAAGAAUUAGAUAGAAAAAUGAAAGUUCUUCAAGAAUAUUCGAAUAAGUCUUCGUUAUCGUUUAUUGCUGAGGCGAAGCAUGAAAUUUCGUCAGGCAUGUUUAAGGAAGUGGAGUUUGAUGCUGAUUCAUUAAAAUAUCAACCUUCAACACUUGUUCCAAUUAGAAGACCACCUAAUUUGGAUUCGUCAAAAACCGAUGAUACAUCAGAACAUGUGAUAGCUGUUCCGGUGAUUCCAAAGACAGUGAUCAAAAGUGAUCUUCAAUCUGAAGCUGUUUCUCCACCAAAGAAUCUUGCUGAAGAAUUAUUGGAAAUUGAAUUACAAGAGAGUGCUGCUGAAAGAGAUAAACAUAUUAAAAGUAAGGAAGAAAAUGAAAGAGCUGAAGAAGAGAAACCUUGUGAAGAUGAAGUGAAAACUAGUAAAAUUCCAUCAACUGAAGAUCUAGAAGAAAGGUUUAGAGUAAUGGAAGAUAAUGAUUUUAAAAGCAAUGUGAGUCGUCCUGAAAAAAAUGAAAAAACCGUUGAACAGAAGCCUUGUGAAGAUGAAGUGAAAACUAAUAAUAUUCCAUCAACUGAAGAUCUAGAAGAAAGGUUUAGGGUGAUGGAGAUGAAUUUUAGCGGUAGGAAAGAAAGUUUGAUAAAUGAAUCCACGAAGACAGAGUCUCCAAAUACCAAAGAAGUUCUUCCAACUGAAUCUUCUUAUCAGAGCUCAAGAAAUUCUGUUGGAAAAGAUGGUGAUUCGAAGGAUCAUUCACCUCUAUCCAAAGGCAAUGAUGAUUUUGGGCCCUCAAGAAAAUCUUCAGCCUCUAUUCUCAAAGAAGAAGAUGAUUCGAAUCCAUAUGAGUCUUUGGCUGCUGAGGAAAAGGAUCAAGAAGACAUUAAAAAUGAAGAUCAAAGCAUAGCUUCUGCACGGAAAGAAAGUGUGGAAGCUCAAGAAAAUCUUAGCUCCCAUCAAUCUACUGAAUAUUUGGAACAAAAUAAAGCUCAAAGAAGAUCUUCACUUCAAAGCAAUCAGUCUAAUGAAGAUAUAAACCGAUCUUUGCCUGAGAAAAAAGAAAGUGAAGAAUACCUUAGUUCCCAAUAUUCAGAUGAUAAUAUGGAACAGAGUGAAGAUCAAAGUAUAUCUUCAUACCAAAAGAAUGAAUUUUCUAUUGAAAAUCAGUCUACAGCUGAUGGAAAAGAGAGCGUAGAAGAUCAAGACAAUUUUAAUUCUAUGUAUUCUGCUAAAUAUGUUGAACCUAAGGAAGAUCAAAAUGUAUCUUCUCUUCAAAAGGAUGAAGUUUCUAAUGAAGACAAAUAUCAGUCCGUAUCUGAGAAUAAUGAAAUCAAGGAAGAUCACGAAAAACUGAGUUCCCAUCAUUACGAUGAACUAAAGGAUGAUCAAAGAAAAUCUUCACUUCCAAGAAAUCAAUCUAAAGAAGAUGUUUCCCAGUCUUUGCCAGAGAAAGAAGAAGAUCAUGAGGGGCUGGGAUCCCAUCAAUCUGAUGAAUAUUUGGAACGGAAUGAAGAUCAAAAAAGAUUUUCACUCCAAAAAAAUAAAGAAGAAGGUCAAGAAAAGCUUAGUUCUCACCAUUCUGCUGAAGAUCAAAGUAUAUCUUCUAUUGAUAACAUGUAUCAGUCUCCAUCUGAGUAUAAAGAAAGCAAAGAGUCUAGUAAAAACAUUGAUACAUUAAGUGAAGUUGCAAAAUAUGAUUCUGACUUCGAAAGCAAGAAACCUGAAGAUUUUAAAGAAAAGGGAAGUACUUAUUCUCAAGUCAAAGAAUCCUUAAAUAAAGAUCUAACAGCAGAAGAUCCUUCUUCUGUUACCAAUUGGCAGGAACGUCCAAAUGAAGAUAUGAAGAAAUAUUCUCCGAUGACUGAGAAUCAAGAAGUUAUUUCAAACUAUUCGAAGCGGUCUUCUUUGGAAGACGAAUUGAUGAAGAGAAAAGGUAAAGAAGAACCUCAAUCUUCAAAUCCUAAAGAAAAAGAAAAUGAAGAUUCGAAGACACAUAGGAAGCAAUCAGAUCCCAAAUACCAAUAUGCACCAAAUGCAGAAGAAUCGAAUAAAGUAGAAAUUUCUGAAGAUAAAACAGAAGAAUUCAAUAGAAAGAUUUCCAUUUCUAAUUCUGGUGACGAAGAUAUUGUAAAAGAAACGAAAGAAUUUGGUGUAACAAGUGAAGACAUUAAAAAGAAGGAUCAAUUUUCAACUUUGGAAGAAUCUAGUGGAGACAAAAAGACGUUAGUUAAAGAAGAGACAGUGGUUCUAAAGAAUGAAGAUCUCUCAAUGUCUUCCAAAACCAGAAAAUGGUCAACUGAAGAUUUGAAACCAAUUGAUAUCCAGGAUAUAACUAAGUCUGAUUCUUAUAAUCAGACAAUUUCUGAAGAGCUCGCAGAUAAAAAUAUUCAAGAAUCUUCAGUUAAAGAUUCAAAAUCAGCCUCUUCUAGCUCUGAAAGAAAUGAAGACACAGGAGUUAAAAAGCAAACCACGCCUAUCAAAGAAGAAGAACUCUCACGAAGUAAAUGUUUGAAGACAAAUGAUGAAGAUAAAAUUCCUCCAACAUCACAACAAAUGAAAGUUCGUCUUCCAUCAAGCGACGAUCUUCAAUCCGAUUCUAAGUACCAAUCAACCAUCGAAGAUUCAAUUGUCAAAAACCUGAGUGAUGACAGAAAACAGUCAAUGCUUCCAAAAGAUGUAAAACAUAAGCUCAAGGAACUUCCAAACGAAGGCGCUCUUUACUAUGAACAUCAUCCAGCCAAUGAAGAGACUCGAGGUGAAAAUGAUCCAAAUCAGCCAAAAGAAGAUCCAAAAAAAGAUGAACCAAAGUCAAGUAAAACUGCAAGUCCUCAAGAAAAACCUCCCAUUGAAGAAACUUCAUCAGAUUCAGCAAAGAAAGAUGAAUCAAAGGAAAGUAAAACUUCAAGUCCUCAAGAAAAACCUUCCAUUGAAGCAUCUUCAUCAGAACAAGAAAAAUCAAUUGUUCCAUCUUCAACUGAUAAGCCUGAUAAUAAAGAACUUAAGAAACUUGAAGAUUUUGGUACAAAUACAACCAUUGUCGACAGACCCGUUUCAACAUAUUCCUUUUCCUACACCCAAGAUCAUUUUAAAGAUCAUGUGAGCUUUCUUUCAGAAGUUCAAAGCUCAAAUUCAACCCAUCAAAAAGACCCUAAUGCUAUACAAAGCACUUUUGAUUUGAAACACUCACCAAAUUUAGUUGCUGUAACCACAUCAGUAUCACUUAAGAACGCAUCAUCUGUUAAGUCUUCACUUUCUGUUAAAAGCUCUGUGUCGCUUAAAAGCUCUGCACUUUAUGAUCGAGAACGUUCUUUACAUUUUAACACUGGUAUAACAGUUUUUGAAGACUCAAAGCUCGAUGCGUCAAAGAUGAUCACAUCAAAUCAAUUGGAAAGCAAUCAAAAGUCAAACAAUGAGAAUUUUAGAAUUAGUCAAAAUCUUCUCGCAGACAACCAAAACAAUGGUGUAACUGUAAGCGUCAUAAAGUCUGGAUAUAAUGAUUUAAAUCCAUCAUCAAAUAUAUCCUUAUCUAUGCAGCUUCCUAGUUACUCUGGGGUCUAUUUUGAUAGAAAUCACUCAAAACCAGAAGCUAUUUUGGGGCGUGAAGCCUUACAGAUUCUUGAUGAAAGCUCACCAGCAAGUUCAAUUAAAGAAGAUACAUCCAACAAUCUUAAGCCAGAAGUUAUUGAAAGCUCAAACGAUAAAGCUGUUGUUAAGGUUGUUGAAGAAUCCCAAAAACGAAAGCUCUCUUAUUCACAAGAGGUUGAAGAAAGGUUAAAAGCUCUGGAAAGGCGUUUAAGUGAUAGAGCUUUGUUAUCUUCCAAGGACACCAAGGCACCAGUUGAUCAACCCAAAAAAGAAGAAAAAGAACCAACAAAAAAAGAAGAAAUCUUAACUCUUGAUGAUGUUCAACCAAUGAAGCUUAAAGAUGAUGCUUCAUCACAAACAGAAUCCAAACAAGAAAAAGAAGUCAAACCAACAGAAGAUAAACCAUCCGAAGUAAAACCAACUGAAGAGUCAACUCAAAAAGUUGUACCUUCCACUGCUGACUUGGAAAAACGUUUUGAAGAGCUGGAACGGAAAUUAAGUGAAAAGAAUAUUCAUCUAUCGGAAGUAAAUCGAAAUGAAAAACCUCAGAAAGAAGACAACAAAGCAAAUUCAAAUCUCAAUCCAUCAAUUGUUUUGCCUAAAAAUGAAGAUACAUCACGUGUUAGAGAAUGUGAUGAUGGCUCUUCGGCCCGUGAAAAAGAUUCAAAAACCAAUGAAGAUCAACCUACUUCUACCACACGAAGAAGAAUCCCAUCAACUGAAGAUCUAGAAAGUCGGUUUGAGGCCUUAGAAAUUCAAAAAUCACUCAAAUCUCCAACGAACUUAUUAUCACCAUCGAAAAUAAAAGAAGACUUUUUAGCAGCUUCCCCAACUGAACAAGAUUCAAAACGAAAAUCUGAAAUUCCAUCAACUGAAGAUCUUGAAAAUAGAUUUCAAGCACUUGAGCAAAGUAAAACAUCCACUAAAUCUAAAGAAUUCGAAGAGAAACAAAUAACGAAGACACCAACAAAAGAAAAAACAAAAGAUGUUCCAAAAGUUACUUUUGCUGAUACAAGUGAUGUUAAAAAAUCUCCCCAAAAAUCUUCAGAACUCACCGAAACAGAUGAAGAACUAUGUACUAAAUCAAGUUCUUGUGAGCCAAAUAGAAUCUUGAGAAAAGUACCCUCAGCUCGAGACUUGGAAGCACGAUUUGAAGCUUUAGAAAAAAGAAAAUCAUUUACCGGUUUUAGUACUAAAACUCAAGAACACCUCUUAGCUGAACAAAAUCGAAAUUAUUUAAGCUCUGAAUCAUUGAACACUGUUGAAGGUAUAAAAAGACGAGAAAUUUUAGAUAAAAAAGUUGCAUCAACAGAAGAUUUAGUACUAAGACUUGAUGCUUUAGAACAAAGAAUGGCAAUAACUGAGAAUUCUAUUAAAAAUAAAAUUUCUGCAGAGACUACUUCUGAUUUGUCGCCACGUGAAAUAAAAAAGCCAUCUCCUUCAAAAUUAGACUUUGAAUGUAGAUUUGAAGCUUUAGAUCAUAAGCCACCUUUCAAAGAUCAUUCGGGUACUAAAGAAAAUACCAACACAAAUAAAACAAAGAUUGAGAGACCAAAACCAAUAAACAUACCAAAAGAUGCUUCUCCAGAAACAAAAUUAAAUCUUAUCAAACGAAGUCUUUUUGAAGAUACCGAAACUGAGGUUAAGUGGCUACCUUCAACGGAAGAUCUGGAAAUUCGAUUUGAUAUUUUAGAAAUGCAAAAAACAAGGGCACUAAAAAAUAAAAAGAAGAUUACUUCUGAAAAAGAAGAUAUCAAACCGAAACCAACCAAGUCUUCAACUGAAAACUGGGAAACAAGAUUUGAAGCUUUUGAACAUCGAACACCGAAAUCGAUUCCUUAUGCAACCACUACGACGACGAUACCCAGAUGGGAAAACGAAGUUCAAUCAAAAUUCCCAUCAACAAGAGAUUUAGAAACCAGAUUUGAAGCUUUAGAACAACAAAAAUCAAAUAUCGAAAGAUCUUCAUCAAAACUGAAAGAAUUUCAAAAACAAACAUCUUUCUUUACCCCUACCAAACCGAUAAUUCAAAAAAAUCUCGAACCAAAACCAACAAAAGCCUUGUCAAGCAGAUCCAUCGAUCAAGUUUUAGAACAAAUUAGUACUAAAACUGAAGAAAUCGAACGUGAACACAGAAAUGCAUCAAAACUUCCAUCAACACAGGAUCUAGAAAUAAGAUAUAACGACUUACAAAUCAAUUCGAAAAGAGGUGAUGACGAAAACGAACUUGAUGAAAAUGUCGAAAAUUUAGAACAAACAACUGACGAUUCUUUAGAACUUACAGGCACACACAAACGAAGAGAUCUAUAUAAAUUGGAAUCACAAAGUGAUGAAACUUUAACUGUCUCAAAUCCAACUGGCACUGAAUUCGAAACCAAAUCCGAAUCUAGACCAACAUCAUGCCCCGAAUAUCGAGAUCCAUUCGAUACGAAUGUCGUCACCACAGAUAGGGUACUAAAAAUAAUCGAAGAAAACUCAAAGAUAUUACACCGAAUUUUAAAAAAGACUCUUGCAGAUUCUGGUGGUGGCAACAAUGAUUACUCAGCUGAAUCAGUGAAUUCUCCACGUUCUGGUGGCUUCACUGAUUCAUUGUUAGCACUUGGAAAUAUCUUUCCAAGGAAUAAUGAUGAAAGCAUUUCACCCAGUCGCAUUAAGUCACAAUCAUCACGAGUUCGCUCGACCAUUACAUUUCGUUCAGAAGAUAGUAGUAUAACAGAUCGAUUAGCUUCCAUUAAGAGCACAAUCAAAUCAAUAGACACCUUGUGUGAAGAUCAAUCCUCGCGCAAGGAUAAAUGUCAAAGAUACAUUGAUUCAUUAUUCACCACUUCCACCACUUCCCCACGUUUGCCUUCGUCAAGCAAUGCAACAUCACCAAUACCACCUUUAACAACAAGGCCAUUAAUACGAGUUGAUGAUUUUGAAGGUAGACAACAUCCUCCUCCUCCUAGCCAGGAUCGUGUAGCUAUGAGGGAAUUAAAGAAGGAAGCUUCACCACGUCGCCGACGCGAUGAAGAUCGCGAGGAAUAUGAGAGCCGGGUAAGACGAGACAUGAUGCCAAAUAGUGUAGUAAAUGAUGCACCUAGUGAAUUUAGUUGUAGCUUAGAGAACAUUGCAAAAGUAGAUAGUGAAGUAGAUAGAAUUAAUCAAAAAGACAAAAAACAAGUUGUGGAGACGCAGCUAGAGAGACCUCUAUCUCCCUACUACGCUCCCGGAUAUGAUCUAAACAACAGGUCUACUACGCCAACCGUUUAUGUACCAACAAAACUGGAAAUACGUCACACGACCGUGACUUCGACGUUCUACGAUCGUUUUCUCACAGAAAAACAUAUUGAAAGGACCUUCCCCAGGAGCAAGAAACAUUCCCCCGUUUCCCCCACAAUUACAAAAAGUCAUCUGGAUAUAUCCAAUUAUAAUUCUCUAAAUUUGGAAGAUCGAAGCUCGAAAUCGGCUGAGAAUUCUCCAUCUAGACGAAAAGAUGGGAUAUCCCCUAAUCAAAAUGUGUCAGCGGCGGCAUAUAGGCGCAGCUUUAUCUCAUCACUUGAGGUUGCACAAAAAGAUUUACACAUACGUAGCUGUGAUAACAUUCUUCUUCAGCUAAGGUCCUCCACACAACACAACAACAGCAAUAGCAGUGAUGUUGUGCCAUCCAUAAUGGUGUACAAUCCCCUUCCGACCAAAAUUCGAAAAUCACCAGAACUUGGAAUUAGUUUGGGACUCUAUAACAAGGACUAUGGCAGUGAUGCAUCGUCUAAAAGCUGAAAGAAUCCUCAAAUUCAUCAAUAUUAUUAUAAAUACAUGUAGGUUGUCCAACACAAAAUUUAAAAAAAACAUAGAAUUUUCGAUGUUAAUUUCGAAUUAUAUAGAAAGAAUCAAAUUCAGGAAUAUUAAAAAAAAAAAAAAACUAAAACUAAAUAAAAUAAAAAUGUAGGAAAAACAAAAGCAAUAUAGAGAUACUAUAUUUUCAUGAUGAAAAUAACGAUUUAGUAGUAGAAGAAGCAGUAAAAAAAAAACUAUUUUCAUCAGGUAUUUAUUAAAAUAUUAAAAAAAAAAAAAUAUUAAAAAAACUUUCAACAAAAAAUUUAAACAAUCAUCCCUUUUGGCUUUGAAUGAAAACAAAACAAAAAAUUAAAUAAAAUUAAAAAAAAUAAUUAAAUCGUUGUUCUUCGAGAUUUUGUUCAGUCUUCAUUUUUCACUUAAAAAUAUAACUUCGAAAAUUCUUUCUUCUAUAUAGUUAAAUACGU